GAUGUAGCAUCUACAUCGUUUUCACGUGUUCUGCUUUAUUUUCAACGACAUAUAUCUCGAUACUUUGAAAAACUCUCAAUUAUUCGUUUUUUUUCAUUGUUUAUUGAAUCAUUCAUUGAAAUGAAAUUGAUCGGUCUCAUGUAUUUCCUGUUUUGUAGUCAUCUUAAUGCGGCCCCGAUAAAUGUGAUCUCUGAGAUAAGUACGCUCAUUAGGAGAAUAAUAUGGACUAAUUGGAAUCAGUUCAACAUCGAAUUCAAUCCUGAUUCAUUUCUCGACACGCCUAAAACGAUAAUAAAAGCAGGUUAUCCCGUGGAAUCUCACGUUGUAAUGACGGAAGACGGCUAUCUCUUGACGUUACAUCGUAUCCCAGGUGGCAACGAUUCUUUACCUGUGCUGCUGCAGCACGGUAUUUUAGCCACAUCCGCUGAAUGGAUUGUUCUUGGCAAAGACAAAGCACUCGCUUACCUAUUAGCGGAUCAAGGAUACGAUGUUUGGUUGGGAAAUUUUCGAGGUAAUACAUACUCGAAGGCGCAUAUUUCCCUGUCUCCUUUGAAUUCGACAUUUUGGAAUUUCAGCUUUCACGAAAUGGGCAUCUAUGAUUUACCCGCGAUGAUUACAUUUAUCACGAAUAUGAGAUCCCAACCAUUGCACACAUAUAUUGGUCAUUCUAUGGGCACAUCUACUUUCUUUGUAAUGGCAUCAGAACGUCCGAAAAUCGCUCAAAUGGUGCAAAUGAUGAUCGGUCUCGCGCCAACAGUCUUUAUAAAUAUGAAGAGUCCGAUUCGAUAUUUCUUCCCAUUUAUAAGGGAAUUAGAGAUACCGAUGAGAUUGUUCUUCGAAAAUGAAUUUUUCCAAAGCGACUUUGUGAAAUUUCUUUUGAAAAACAUCUGCAAUCAGAACAUUGUCCCAAAUAUCUGUGCCAAUUUGAUAUUUAUGAUCUAUGGUGAUGAUCGCGAGCAGUUUAAUUAUUCUCUGCUGCCUGUCAUCUUCAAUCACCAUCCGGCCGGCGCCUCGGCUAAAACGAUACUGCAUUUCGCUCAAGUAAUUGAGUCGGACAAGUUUCGGAAAUACGAUUACGGUCGCGUGAAAAAUCUGUUGAUCUAUCAUUCUACAGAACCACCGAAUUAUGAUUUAUCGAAUAUUGCAGUACCAGUCGCGUUGUUUUACGCCGAUAAUGACUGGAUAAUCAGCACAGAGGAUGUGAAAAGAUUAUACCAUUCACUGCCAAAUGUAGUGGAUAUGUACGAAGUGCCGUGGUCCAAAUUCAAUCAUGUGGAUUUUAUGUGGGCUAAAGAUACGUCAAAACUCGUAUACGACAGGAUUCUCAAGCUCAUGAGAAGAGAAAAUCCAAACAACGUUACAUCAGUGGAAUAAUAUUGUCAGCAAUCAA